AUGGCGCUGCCACAGGGGCGGGCCGAGGCGGGGUCCUCAGCGCGCGGGCCCGGGGCCGCCGCCUGCUCUGGGCCGCCUGCGGGAGCGCCGCUCUCCUGGAGAGGGACCCAGACCCAGGACCAGCCCAUGGAGGAGGAGGAGGUGGAGACCUUCGCCUUCCAGGCGGAGAUCGCGCAGCUCAUGUCCCUGAUCAUCAACACCUUUUACUCGAACAAAGAAAUCUUCCUGCGGGAGUUGAUUUCCAACUCGUCCGAUGCUUUGGACAAAAUCCGGUACGAAAGCCUGACCGACCCCAGUAAGCUCGACUCCGGCAAGGAGCUGCACAUCAACCUCAUUCCGAACAAGCAAGAUCGCACCCUCACCAUCGUGGACACUGGGAUUGGGAUGACCAAGGCCGACCUGAUCAAUAACCUCGGCACCAUAGCCAAGUCGGGCACCAAGGCCUUCAUGGAGGCUUUGCAGGCAGGCGCCGACAUCUCCAUGAUUGGCCAGUUCGGUGUGGGUUUCUACUCCGCUUACCUGGUUGCUGAGAAAGUGACUGUGAUCACCAAGCAUAACAAUGACGAGCAGUACACCUGGGAGUCCUCAGCAGGAGGGUCCUUCACUGUGAGGACGGAUGCGGGCGAACCUAUGGGCCGAGGAACAAAGGUUAUCUUGCAUCUGAAAGAAGACCAAACUGAGUACUUGGAAGAAAGAAGAAUAAAAGAGAUUGUGAAGAAGCAUUCACAGUUCAUUGGUUAUCCCAUUACUCUUUUUGUGGAGAAGGAACGAGAUAAAGAAGUGAGUGAUGAUGAGGCUGAAGAAAAGGAGGACAAAGAGGAAGACAAAGAAAAAGAAGAAAAGGAGUCUGAUGACAAGCCUGAAAUAGAAGAUGUUGGGUCUGAUGAAGAAGAGGAAGAAAAGAAGGAUGGUGACAAGAAGAAGAAGAAGAAAAUUAAGGAGAAGUAUAUUGACCAACUUGGCAUACAUGAAGACUCUCAGAAUCGGAAGAAGCUUUCAGAACUGCUACGCUACUACACAUCUGCUUCUGGGGAUGAGAUGGUUUCUCUCAAGGACUACUGUACCAGGAUGAAGGAGAACCAGAAGCACAUCUAUUACAUCACAGGUGAAACCAAGGACCAGGUAGCUAACUCGGCCUUUGUGGAACGGCUCCGGAAGCACGGCUUAGAAGUGAUCUACAUGAUCGAGCCCAUUGAUGAGUACUGUGUUCAGCAGCUGAAGGAAUUUGAGGGGAAAACUUUAGUGUCGGUUACCAAAGAGGGCUUGGAACUUCCAGAAGAUGAAGAGGAGAAAAAAAAACAGGAAGAGAAAAAGACAAAGUUUGAAAACCUGUGCAAGAUCAUGAAAGACAUCUUGGAGAAAAAGGUUGAAAAGGUGGUCGUGUCAAACAGAUUAGUGACGUCCCCAUGCUGUAUUGUCACAAGCACAUAUGGCUGGACAGCGAACAUGGAAAGGAUCAUGAAAGCCCAAGCCCUAAGAGACAACUCCACGAUGGGUUACAUGGCAGCAAAGAAGCACCUGGAGAUAAACCCUGACCACUCGAUUAUUGAGACCUUGAGGCAGAAGGCCGAGGCUGAUAAGAAUGACAAGUCUGUGAAGGACCUGGUCAUCCUGCUGUAUGAAACCGCACUGCUGUCCUCUGGCUUCAGCCUGGAAGACCCGCAGACCCACGCGAACAGGAUUUACAGGAUGAUCAAGCUGGGUCUAGGUAUUGAUGAGGACGACCCCACCGCCGAUGACACCGCUGCUGCUGUUAAUGAGGAGAUGCCUCCCCUCGAAGGAGAUGACGACACGUCACGCAUGGAAGAAGUCGACUGAGCUCGGCCCGAAGCAGCACUAAUUCGUGCUCAGUGCUUUAGUCUUCAUUCCCUCUGAUAAUAUAUAUUUUCAAGGAUUUUUUUGUUCAGUCUGUGUGGCAUGAUAACUGCUUUUAAGGGGAAGAUAAGAUUUCUUU